UCUUUGGGCCAACAAAAAAAAAAAACAAGAGUGGCUUAAAUAAUGUCAAAAAUGCAGCUGAAAAUGUCGGGGUUCAUACCCUGCAGCGUUUUCCUGUAGCGCACGCGCUUCGACGUCUCUGCUUGACUGAUUAUAAUGUUGAACGUUCGAAGGAAACUGUACAACAAGAACGUAAAGCCCAAGGAUGUUAUCAAUCGCUGGAAAAUCGUAAAAGGCGAUAUGGUACGCUUUCAAGCGUUGGUGACGCGCAAUAAGUGAGUGGUUCGUUGGUCUGAACUUCCUUUUUCUCCCUGAUGGCAGGUGCAAAUGAUACAAGGCGAGGACACUGGGAAGCAGGGGAGGGUUUUGAAAGUUAUCCGAGCCAAGAAUAAGCUCGUCGUGGAGGGUCUGAACGUUACAAAGCGCCACAUCAAAAAGGGGGCCAUGACCGAUGCCCAGAGGCAGACACAGAGGUUCGUGUACGCGCCUUCGCCGGUUCACUACAGCAACGUCGCGCUGGUCGACCCGACGGACAACAAGCCGACUAGAAUUGGGUUCAAGUUUUUGGAGGACGGGCAAAAAGUGCGCGUUUCAAAGCGUACGGGGGCGAUUAUUCCGAAGCCGCCGGUGGAGUUGAAGAACGAGGCCAAAAGGACCCUGAACGCGAAAGACACUGAGCCCGAGUACGCCCUGUUAAAGACGUUUGAUGAGAGGACGCUGAAUCCUUUAUUGCUGGCGUCGCAGAGGCAUCGUGAGUGGCAGCUGCCCAAUCCCUUUGUUUUUUCUGGCCAAGGCGCGGAAAAGCAGGACAGGGAGGAGAAGGAUUAAAGUGGUUAGAUUGUAGUUCUGCGAAUAGGCGCGUGGUUAGGUUUGGUUCGUCGCGGGGGGCGUGGUUGAGAAGGGGUGCUGUGAUUCGGGUGCGUUUGAAGGGGGGGGGGGUUGGUUCAGACGAGCACUUUGAGAAAACAUUUGUUUGUGCCAGCUUAUUUUUUUUGUCCCUUGAUUCGAGUCCGACGUGGCUGAGCUUGUAUCUGCCGAAGCCAGUUGAGUGAGUGCACUUCGAAGGGUCGAAUAGUUUAGAGAGCCGAGGCGCAGUGCGAUGCGGAUGGUUGCGAAUCGGAGACAAAAUGAAAGUACUAAUGGUGGCUGAGAAGCCGAGCAUUGCGCAGGCGGUGAGCAAAGUCCUUGCGAGGAGGGGGGAGUUCACGACGAGGAAGUCCGUUGCUACGCCGGUGCACGAGUUCGACGGAGUGUUUCAGGGGAGGCCCGCUCGUUUUUUCUUGACUAGCGUGAUGGGCCACGUGUACGCGUUGGACUUUCCCGCGUCGUUGGACAGGAACAUUGAGCCGCGAGAGUUGUUCGCGGCGCCGACGGUGAAGAAGGAGUCCAAUCCGUCCGCGCAGGUGUGCAGGCACUUGAGGACGGUGGCCAAGGACAUGAGUGCGUUGGUGUUGUGGUUGGACUGCGACAGGGAGGGGGAGAACAUUGGGUUCGAGGUGCUGGAGAACUGUCGUCCGCACAUGGUGAAGGGGGCGCGAGUGUACAGGGCGCGUUUCUCGGCGAUAACGGGGCCGGACGUGCAGAGGGCGAUGAGCAAUUUGGUGAGUCCGAACGAGAACGAGGCGUUGGCGGUGGACGCGAGACAGGAGAUAGACUUGAAGGUGGGCGUGGCGUUCACGCGUUACCAGACGAAGACGUUUCACUUUCGAUACGCGAAUUUGGACUCGCACUUGAUAUCGUACGGGCCGUGCCAGACGCCGACGCUGGGGUUUUGCGUGGACAGGUACGACGAGAUUCAGGCGUUCAAGUCGGAGCCGUAUUACAAGUUGCAGGCGUGGAUAUUUCGGUCUGGGAUUAGGGUGAAGUUGAAGUGGAAGCGCCCGAGGGUGUUGAAGGAUAGGGCGAGGGUGAUGAGGGCGUUGGAGGGAGUGGCCGACGUGAAGUGGGCGAAGGUGACGGAGGUGCAGGUGACGAGGAGCAAGUUGACUAGGCCGACGCCGCUGAACACGGUGGCCUUGCUGAAGGUGGCGUCGAAGAAUUUGGGCAUUGGUCCGCAGCAGUGCAUGCACGCGGCGGAGCAUUUGUACGUGAAUGGGUUCAUUUCGUACCCUAGGACGGAGUCGACGAGGUACCCGGAGCAUUACGACGUGAGGGAGGCGCUGGGGUUGCAGAGGGGGCACCCGGAGUGGGGGCCGUACGUGUCGAGGUUGCUGGACGAGGUGGGCGUGAAGAAGUCGAAGUCGGGCGUGGAUAUGGGCGACCACCCGCCGAUUACGCCGACUAGGUUGGCUAGACAGGGAGAGGAGGUAAGCGGCACGGAGUGGACGUUGUACGAUUACAUUGCGAGGCACUUCAUUGCGAGCGUGAGUCCGAGCGCGGUGAUGGAGAGCCAGUCGAUUGCGUACGACAUUGGAGGAGAGCCGUUUGGCAGCGAGAGUUCCGCGUUGCUGGAGCCCGGAUUUACGGAGGUCAUGCACUGGAUGAGGCCGUCAAGCAGGGCGCCGGCGCCCGCGAGCGUGGGAGACCAGUUCAACGUCGACGCGGUGUCGGUAAAGGAGGGAAGGACCAAGCCGCCCGCGUUGCUGACGGAGUCGGAGCUGAUUGGGAUGAUGGAGAAGAACGGGAUUGGCACCGACGCGUCCAUACCGACCCACAUUGAGAACAUCGUGAAGCGGAACUACGUGAGGUUGGACAGCCGCACGCGCAGCUUGCAGCCCACCAGGUUGGGACUUGCUCUGGUGCACGGGUACCACCGAAUCGACGCGGAGCUCGUGCUCCCGAAGAUUCGCGCGUCGAUCGAAAAGUUCAUUUCCGACAUCGCCGUGGGCCGCACCAAGUACGAGCAAGUCAUCAAGACAUCUCUCAACACCUUCCUGGUAAAAUACGACCAUUUCGUAGCCAACAUCGACAAGAUGGACGAGCUCUUCCAUGCUAGUUUCUCCUCUCUCGCCGACCUGCAGGUCAACACUCGACUCAAGCCAAAAUGCGGCGUCUGCAACCGCUACAUGAAGUACAUCGCCUUCGCGCCCCACCGCCUCUACUGCCAGAACUGCGAGAAGGUCUAUUCCAUGCCGCGCAGCGGUGGCCUCAAAUCCGACGGCAGCACCGCCUGCUGUCCCCUCGACGGCUUCGAACUGGUCGUCCACAGCAAUCCGAAGGGUCGCACCGUGCUCCUCUGCCCCAAGUGCUACAACGAGCCGACCUACCCAGGCAUGAAGCCCAACAACCUCUGCACCCAGUGUCCAAACACCAGCUGUCCCUACAACUACUCCAACUACGUCCUGGAGCCCACUUGUCCCCAGUGCGACGUCGGCGUGCUGAUCUUCGACCAAAUCAACGGCCUGCGCAUUGACUGCAACCUCUGCGUCUACCACAUCAUGCUCCCGAAGAACACCAACAAGCUGACUCUGAGCCAACAGGUCUGUCCGAACUGCGUCGCCUCCACCAAAACCAAGCUGAUUCACUUCAAAUUCAACGAGAAAAACACGCCCCAUCCGGACAAACUCCUCUCCUUCGACGCCUGCAUCCGGUGUGACCCCGUCAUCUCGCCUCUCUGUGUCUACCCUAAAAAAGCGCCCGAGUUCAAAAAGCACCCCCGGGAGCCGACCCACUCUCAGCCCGCCCCGGCUCACUCCAAGCCCCCCUCCGCCCGCGGUGGGGGCCGCCGCGUCGACACGCUCGACGACGCCCCUCCCCCCCCCUCCGACCUCGCCGCCAACGGCGACUCGGCGCCCAACCCCCGCCAAAACCACCACUCCAGGCGCCCCCCCCCCGAGCUCGCCCCGGGCGCCCCUCCCACUGACCGCCCGCGCUCCAAGCCAAGCGGCGGGCGCUCGAGCCAACCCCCCGCCAACGGGCGCGUCCGCCGCGAAAACCCACCUCCCCGUCGAAGCGCCGCGCCCCCCGCCAAACCUCACUCCGGCCGCCGCGCCCAGCCCCAGUCGAACCGCCCACCGCCCUCAGAAAGGCAGGCGCGCCCCCCCCCGAGGCCCCCGACCGCGAAAGCUCGCGAACCCGACUCCAAAGAGAGAACCAGGCGCCCCAACCCCAAGCGCGCCAACGCCCCCUCCUCCUCCGAAAAAUAAAGAGAGACCCCGCGACGAAAACACCACGCGCCCACUUUUAUUGCGCCAAAACA